CGUCCGUUGGUGCCCAUGGAUAAGGAUACGGAUAAAGAUAGGGACUCCGCCUACAAGCCAACAUCCCCAUCCGCCGAAUGGAGCGACAAGCUGGCGGAGCUGGUCGCCUGGUUCGAGGGCAACCCCAAUCUGCCCGAAAAGAUCGAACCAAUAGUUAUGCUACGAUUCCUCAAGUGCAUGGCGUUCGAUGUGAAACGUACCAAAUCUCUGGUGGAACUCAACUAUAGUAUGCGGAAUAAGCAUCCCCAUCUGUUUAUGGAUCGCAAUAUGGAGGAUGAGAUGACGGCCAAGGGCCUGAGGGUUUCGGACCUUCUGAUUUUACCCGGAGUUACGCCCCAGGGCAACAAGCUGCUCUUCUUCCGGAUGGCCGAUCUGGAUCCACAAACGCGAAACUCCGUGGAAGAGACCAAAAUCUUCUUUAUGAUGAGCGAUGCGAGAUUCACUAUGCCGGAUGUGGAGCGGAAAAACGGAACCGGAGAGGAUUACGUACUGGACGAAGCGGAUAUUGCGCAAGGCGAUGUUCAGAUCGUGGAUAUCGAGGGCUAUACUAUACGCCACCUGGCCUACGUCUCGAUUUUCGUGUUGCGCAUCUACAUGAAGUUCCUGCAGGAGGCCUAUCCCUCCCGUUUGCAGGCCAUGCAUGUCAUCAACUGCCCCUCGUAUCUGGACAGGCUCAUCUCGAUGAUGUCCCCCUUCCUGAGGGAAGAGGUUCGCAAUAUGAUCAAGUACCACACCGAGGGCCUGGAGAGCCUCUAUAAGGAAGUGCCCCGGGACAUGUUGCCGGAGGAGUAUGGUGGAAAGGCUGGUUCCAUAGCGGAACUCAAGGCCCGAGGCGUUCAGUCUAUCAAGGACAAAAGUGCCUACCUGAGCGAUGAGCGUUACUGGAAAGUGGCAUCCCAAAGCAAGAGUCGCUGGUCGUGGUUCUGAUCCUCCGAUCUUCUGAUAACUUCCACGUGAUAUAUUUUCAAAUGUGAUCCAAAAAAAAGCGCGCCUUGCCAAAAGGGUUCCCAAGUGUGAAGCUGCCCUUAAUGAAGAAUUUCUAAAUAAUUGCAGAUUUUAUUAUAUUCUUAGCAUUUAGGUUAAGUACCAUUUUU